GAUCUGGGAAAAUGGCCUGCUCAAGUGAGAUCCAAGCAGCGUUUAUUCUCUCUUCCUUUGUAACCUUCUUCCUUGGACUCCUCAUCUUACUCAUUUGCAGACUAAUCUGGAGAACCAUUAAAAAAUGGCAAAACAUCAAGGGAACAGGAAUUCUCUUGGAACUACUCUUGACAAAGAGCAUCGGGAGUAAACAUUUAAAAAGUCUCCACUUCCAAGGAGUAUUUCGUAAUCGUAUAGAAAUGCUGCUUUCAGCACAGACCUUUGUGGGUCAAGUGUUGGUGAUCCUUGUAUUUGUACUAAGCAUUGGGUCUCUAAUAAUCUAUUUCAUCAACUCUUCUGACCCUGUUGGAAGCUGUUCUUCAUAUGAAGACAAAACCAUCCCUAUUGAUUUGACUUUCAAUGUGUUCUUUAGUUUCUAUUUUGGGUUGAGAUUUGUGGCAGCCGAUGACAAGAUCAAGUUCUGGUUGGAGAUGAAUUCAAUUGUAGACAUCUUUACCAUUCCACCAACCUUUAUUUCUUAUUAUUUGAAGAGUAAUUGGCUAGGUUUACGGUUCUUAAGAGCUUUGCGGCUGCUAGAACUCCCUCAAAUCCUGCAAAUUCUCCGAGCCAUCAGAACCAGCAAUGCAGUGAAGUUUUCCAAACUGUUAUCAAUAGUCCUCAGUACCUGGUUCACUGCUGCAGGUUUCAUUCACCUGGUGGAAAAUUCUGGUGAUCCCUGGCUCAAAGGUAGAAAUUCACAGAAUAUAUCAUAUUUUGAGUCUAUUUACCUGGUCAUGGCAACAACGUCAACUGUUGGCUUUGGAGAUGUGGUAGCCAAGACAUCCCUAGGACGGACCUUCAUCAUGUUUUUCACUCUGGGGAGUUUGAUCCUAUUUGCAAAUUAUGUCCCUGAAAUGGUGGAACUUUUUGCUAACAAGAGGAAAUAUACCAGUUCCUAUGAAGUAGUCAAAGGGAAGAAGUUCAUUGUGGUCUGUGGAAACAUUACAGUUGACAGCGUGACUGCAUUCCUGAGGAAUUUUCUCCGCCAUAAGUCAGGGGAAAUCAACAUCGAGAUUGUUUUUCUGGGAGAGGUCCCUCCUUCCUUGGAAUUAGAAACCAUAUUUAAGUGCAACAUGGCCUAUACAACUUUUAUUUCUGGAUCUGCACUUAAGUGGGAUGAUCUGAGGCGUGUUGCGGUGGAAUCUGCAGAAGCAUGCCUGAUUAUAGCCAACCCUUUGUGCAGUGAUUCCCAUGCUGAAGACACUUCAAACAUUAUGAGGGUUCUCUCUAUCAAGAACUAUAACCCUAAUACCAGAAUCAUCAUACAGAUACUUCAAUCCCAUAACAAGGUUUUUCUGCCAAAAAUCCCCAGCUGGAACUGGAAUACCGGAGACAACAUCAUCUGCUUUGCCGAGUUAAAACUUGGCUUCAUCGCCCAAGGCUGUCUGGUGCCAGGCUUGUGCACCUUUCUAACGUCUCUAUUUGUUGAACAAAACAAAAAGGUUUCUCCUAAACAGCCCUGGCAAAAAUAUUUCUUUAAUGGCCUGAAGAACAAAAUCCUUACUCAACGUCUCUCUGAUGACUUUGCUGGAAUGAGUUUUCCUGAAGUUUCCCGGCUCUGUUUUGUGAAGAUGGGACUCAUGCUGAUAGCCAUCGAACACAAAUCCAUGUUUCAUGGUUACUGUGGUCUGCUACUAAAUCCACCUGCACAAGUUAGGCUGUGUAAGAACACACUAGGAUUCUUUAUUGCUGAAUCUACAAAGGAAGUCAUAAGAGCCUCCUUUUACUGUGCCACCUGUCACAGUGAUAUCUUUGCUCCUGAGCUAAUUGAAAAAUGUAGCUGCAAAGCCAAGAUCCAUCGACACUUCCCAGAUUGCUGUGUUCUUGCAGGGACAACAGGGAUGGUAAAGAAAAACAGCAUGAAGGAAUUCUCUGAUUCUACGGUACAUGACUGUAUGAUGUGGGGACAGCCAAGACUGAUGAGCAAUGUCAGCUUCACCACCAGGACUUUUCUGUAUGAAACAGUACAAGAUUCUGACUGGCUUGAUAGCAGCGGUAUGUUUCACUGGUGCAGAGCAAUCCCUUUGGACAGUGUGAUUCUGAAACGAAUGGACAAGUCAAAACAUGAGUUUCGGAACCAUGUAGUAGCAUGUGUCUUUGGAGAUGCUACCUCAACAUUGAUGGGGCUUCGGAAUUUUGUAAUGCCCUUGAGAGCUAGCAGCUAUACACGGCCAGAGCUGAAAGACAUUGUGUUCAUUGGGUCUCUGGAUUACCUGAAGAGAGAAUGGCUAUUUCUCCGGAAUUUUCCCCGGAUAUAUAUUCUACCUGGAUCUGCACUCUUUCCUGAAGACCUCUAUGCAGCCAACAUAGAGGAAUGUUCCAUGUGUGCUGUCUUAUCCUCCUCAUCCAAGGCAUCAAGCAACCCAGCUUUGGUAGACGCAGAGACCAUCAUGGCCACCCUCAACAUUGGAUCACUGAGGAUUAGCUGCUCUACACAGACACCUGAAGAAUCACAAGGGACUUCAGAGAACUUUAGUGGAUGUUCUGGGAAAUCAAAAUACCGAAGAAUCCCCAUCCUCACCGAACUGAAAAAUCCUUCCAAUAUCCACUAUAUUGAACAGCUGAGUGGACUGGAUGAAUCCUUCUCAGGAACAAGCCUGCAUCUCAGCACAUCCUUUUCCACAGGCACUGUCUUUUCUGGCAGCUUCUUGGAUUCCCUCCUGGCCACAGCCUUCUACAAUUAUCACGUCCUGGAAUUACUUCAGAUGCUGGUGACAGGAGGGAUAAGUUCUCAGCUGGAACACCAUUUGGAUAAGAGUAUCUGUGGGCUGACCCACAGCUGCACUUCAGUUAUGUCUGGAAGAGCGCGGUGUAAGCUGGGGCUUCUGUCCUUAACUGAAACCAUUUUGUCAGACAUUAAACCAAGAAAGACAUUUGGGCAAGUGUUCUGUGGCUCAUUAGAUAAUUUUGGAAUCCUGUGCCUUGGUUUAUACCGCAUGAUAGAUGAAGAGGAGAACAAGCCAGAACAAAAAAGGGGAGUAUCCUUGCUUGGAGAGUUUGUGAUCACCCGGCCAGCCAAUGACUUUAAGCUCCUGCCCUCGGAUCUUGUGUUUUGUGCCAUCCCUUUCAGCACUUCUUAUUACAAAUUGGAUACUUCAUCUCAGAGUCCAUAUGAAAUAAUAAAUAUAGUGCCAACAUCAGAGAAACCUACAAACAUAAAUCAUUCUCCUACCAUUGAGCCAGUCCACCGGACUACAACAAAACCUUUGAUGACAUCUGGAGCCAAAAACUAUUUCCAUUAGUGAUUCUAAGCAAGCUGUAUUGACUCAGAGCAAUAAACUAUCAUCCCAGACACAUUUAGGUGAAACUGAAACUGUGAGAGAAAAUGGGAAGGAAAAAAUGAAGGAAAGCACAGAGGAGAAUGCCCCUGCUUCUUCAAAACCAAACUAAGGCCUGUUGAUAUUCUCCACAAGCCCCUAGCUCACUACUUGAAAAGCAUCUCCAGAGAUGGUGACUUUGAACAGGAAAAUAAAAACAGAAGUAUGCCACUUUUAUGCCCAUUGCUUAGUGGUGGAUCAGCAAGCCCACACUGGGGAGAGACAAAAGUCUCAUCCAAUCCCACUGGAUCUAGAG